GGACAGCCGACGUUGCUGUGUUAAACGUCACGCCACCCCUGCUUCCGGAACGCCGGCAUGUUAUGUUUGGGUUGAGUGUAAAACAAAACAAAACAAAACAAAGCGGGCGGAAAGACGGGUCUUCAUUACGGCAUUAUUGCGGGAUCUUUGUGUAAAAACGUCUGCGCUACUCUCGAAAAUGUGCGCGAAUUGGGGAGACAACGAGGUGCGGGAGCUCCUAACCCUCCGAGCAGAGGACGAGAUCAGCCGCCAUAUAACAGGGACGGUGAAGGACGGCCCGUUACUGGAGCGGCUGGCCAAACAGCUCCAGGAGCGCGGCUUUGCCCGGGACAAGGCGCAGGUGACGAGCAAGCUGAAGAGCUUGCGCAAGAAAUUCCACCAGGUCAACGACCACAAUGGCAAGAGUGGCACCGGGCGGUUGGAAUGGCCGUAUUUCGACUUGUGCUAUUCGAUUUGGGGGACCGGCCACUCCGCUAACCCGGCUGCUCGACUGAGCAACAUGGAGGAGUCAACUCCCGCUGAGACCGACCCCGCCGCGUCCCCCUCCAGUGCGGACACCGGAGACCCCAGCGGCUUGGACACGGACGCGAGCAGCAAAAACGGCGAAUCUGCGCCUUGCGAUCGAUCAGAAUACCUGCCGUCGCAGAAGAGGCGGAAAUUGACGAAAGGCCGGGUUGUGACUAAAGAAAUAAAGGACCUAUUGCUGGCGAUGGACCGCGAAGACGAGGAGAGGGACCGCCUGCGGGUCUCUCUGUACACGUCCAUGCUCCGGAUGGAGAGGCGAAGGGCCUAUGAAGAGCAGUUGAGGAGAGACGCGCAGGAGGCGGAGAGAGAGGCGCGGGAGGCGGACCGACGGGAGCGGGCAGAGCAGAUGAACGUCUUCGGCAACAUGUUUCGAGACAUCCAGCGUGAGAUGCAGGGUCAGACCUCACUCCUGCGGGACCUGAUCGCACGCAUGCCGGUUCCUGCGCUACCGCAGCACCCACUUCCCGUACCGCAUGGCGCCACGGUUGAAGAAAGAGUGUCGGAAAACGGUUCGGUGCUGUGAAUCUUUUGACAUCCCUUUCCGUGGCCACAUCUGCUGGACAACAUGUAUCAUUACAGUGACUCCUGACAACCUGUUUCGGCUAACCCAGCUCUCAAUUCUUUAUUGUGCUAUCAUUAAACAAAUGCAAAAAACAAAAAAAACAUGUUGUAGUUCAU